UUUUAUUCUGUCGUCGCCGUUGCUCGCCGCCGGUAAUGCUUUGAGUGACUCUCUGUGUUCGCUGCCGCACCCGCCAACCUUCCUACGGCCUCGCCUCCACCUUGCCGUCGUCGCCUCCUCCUUGCCUUCUCCGACCACCUCGAGAAUCGAAUUCAAUUGUAUGCAGAGAAGAAUAAAAAAGAAAGAGGAAUGUCAUCGACGACUACACCAUGCGCUGCAUGUAAGUUCCUUCGUCGGAAGUGCACACCGGAGUGCAUUUUUGCACCGUACUUCCCAGCGAACAACCCACAGCGCUUCGAAUGUGUCCACCGUGUCUUCGGCGCCAGCAACGUCGGCAAGAUCCUCAACGAGCUACCUCCAUCCCAGCGCGAGGAAGCGGUGGAGUCCCUUGCGUUCGAGGCGGAAGCACGCCAAUGCGACCCGGUCUAUGGCUGCACCCUCCAAGUCUGCAUCCUACAGAAGAAACUCCGCCAGAGACGUGCCCUCCUCGCUAAUGCCAAGAGAGAACUUAGCGCCUACAUCAACCCACAAGCCAUUCAAGGUCCAUUCAACCCUCAGGAAAAGCCUCUGUCUUCACCUGCCGACCAUUUAGGUCCUCCCUGCAGUCCGAAUGUUGUACAGUAUUCACCCAUUUUAGGCCCAUCCUACGGUCUAGAUGUUGUACAGUCUUCAGCCCAUUUGGGCCUAUCUGACUGCCCAGAUGAUGCACCGUUUUUUAUGCCAGCUAUACAGCAUAAUGGGUCAUUGGGUGGUGGUGGUGCUGCUGACCCGAAGCUGGACCCAGGGCAGCAAGAGUUGUUGGAGGCCCAGCAACUUGCUGCUGCUGCGGCAAUCCGAGAACAGCAGCAAGCUAUAAUGAUGAGGAAUUAUGUCCAGCAACAGCAACAGGAGUAUCUAAGACACAAUGCUGCUGCUGGGAUUGAACCUGUUGCGGCUGCGGCGGCCCUACGGCGAUGUCAGUGGAUGUGGAGUGUUUGGCCACAUGGGUGCAUCUUCAGGUGGUCAAGGAGGUGAGAUGGCAGCUUGUAUGGGUUUGGAGACAUUUGACAAUGGUAGAAGUUAUCAUCGACAGUUGCAACAACAAGCACAGCAUGGAGUAGGUUUAAAUUACGUUGGUCUUGCAACUCAACAUCACUACCCUCUUGGGGGCCAGUUGCUGUUCCCAUCACAGCAGCAAGAACUACCGUUGACCCAACAACAACAACAACUAGAACUACAAGUAUUACAACAACAGCAGCAACUACAAGUAUUACAACAGCAGCAGCAACUACAACAACAACAACUUUUAGAGAGUGAAGACAGUAAGAGUGUCGGUCCUUCUUGAUGAUUGUCUCAUUUUUGCAACUAUAUAUAUGGUUUUUCUUCCUUUUUUCCUUGUCAUCAAAGAAUAUUUCGGUUAAGUAUGUGUUUUUUUUUUUAUUUUUUGGUUAUUGUUAGUAUGUAUUUUCGGGUUGAUUAUAGAAUUAUUGUAUUGAUAAUCAUAAUGUUGGUAGUUGUGGAUUUAGAUUAUUAUAAACAGCGGAAAGAGCGUGAAGUUGAGGAAGCUGCCUACUGGUUAACCACAUUUUGGUUAACCAAUUUAAUAAAACAAUUUUAAUACGUUA